AUGGCCAUCACUCUACUACCAUUACGUAUUCGUGCCUCCCUUCUUAUCAUUAUAUUCGCUCUCACUUGUUCAAAGGAAUGCACCUCGCAUUCCCGACUUACGCUAAGAACCAAAACCCAAGAAUCAUCGAAAAUCAAAAUCGGUUACUUGCAUUCCAAGUCAACCCCCGCUUCUCGCCUAGAUAACUUGUGGACCGUCUCACAUGUCACUCCUAUUCCGAAUCCAGCAGCAUUCCUUGCAAAUAUUUCUAUCGGCAAUCCACCUGUCCCGCAACUCUUACUCAUAGAUACAGGUAGUGACCUAACUUGGAUCCAUUGUCUUCCCUGCAAAUGUUACCCUCAAACAAUCCCUUUUUUCCACCCUUCAAGAUCUUCCACUUACCGAAACGCUUCUUGUGUAUCCGCACCACACGCCAUGCCCCAAAUCUUUCGCGACGAAAAGACUGGAAACUGCCAAUAUCACCUACGCUACCGCGACUUUUCUAACACCAGAGGCAUUUUAGCUGAGGAAAAACUCACAUUUGAAACAUCUGACGACGGUUUAAUCUCUAAACAAAACAUUGUUUUCGGAUGCGGACAAGAUAACUCCGGUUUCACCAAAUAUAGCGGCGUGCUCGGUUUAGGUCCAGGUACAUUCUCCAUAGUAACCCGCAAUUUCGGCUCUAAGUUCUCGUACUGCUUCGGCAGCCUAACCAAUCCGACUUACCCUCACAACAUUCUAAUCCUCGGAAACGGCGCCAAAAUCGAAGGCGAUCCAACACCUUUACAAAUAUUCCAAGACCGUUACUACCUUGACCUCCAAGCAAUCUCCUUUGGAGAGAAACUUCUCGAUAUCGAACCCGGAACUUUCCAGAGAUAUCGGUCCCAAGGAGGCACGGUCAUCGACACAGGCUGUUCUCCAACGAUUCUAGCCAGAGAAGCUUACGAAACUCUCUCUGAAGAAAUUGAUUUUCUUCUAGGAGAAGUUCUCAGACGCGUUAAAGAUUGGGAUCAAUACACGACUCCUUGCUACGAAGGGAAUCUUAAACUUGAUCUCUACGGCUUUCCCGUCGUCACGUUCCAUUUCGCCGGCGGCGCUGAGCUGGCGUUAGACGUUGAGAGUUUGUUCGUUAGUAGUGAAAGUGGAGAUAGCUUUUGCUUGGCUAUGACUAUGAACACGUUUGAUGAUAUGAGCGUUAUUGGUGCCAUGGCUCAGCAGAAUUAUAAUGUUGGCUAUAAUCUUCGAACCAUGAAGGUUUAUUUCCAGAGAACUGAUUGUGAGAUUAUUGAUUCUUAA